GGAACGUACUCAACCGAUACAUGGCAUCCACCCCGUUUGAUAAGCACAAGUUGCUGAAUGCGUGAGCGACCAAGCCAAAGCACAGUUAGCUGCGACAAUGGACGCCACACGAACAUGUCUUAACAAUCAUUUUGAUGUAUAACACAUGCUAAUCGGGGCACGAGCGGGCACGAGGGCUUCAAGAGAAUUGCUCACCGCCGACGGCACAACUUCACCGCGCGCCUACCAAUGCAUGGCAUUUGAGGAGUGAUGGAGACUAGGCUCACGCCUGCGUGCAGCUCUGGCACGCCAGGGCGGCCGGCGGCUGCGCAGCGGCCACAUGGCACAUGUGCUGUGGGCGCUACGGCCCGUGCCCAGGCGACCUGGCGGGAAUGCAGUACGGGUGGAAGCGGCUGUGCUGGCAGCCACCAGCUUGCAUGCUUUGGACACUCGUUUCGGUCAGGAGCAGAGCAAGGAGCAGCCGCGGCGCAUUCCUUGGCACCGCUGAGGCGGCUGCGCACAGCUGACAGCUCAUGUCCACCUGGGACCGGCGUUCCGGCCUUGGCAAGUGCGUGCGGUGUGCGCACUGCCAGCGUAGCGAGGCUGCUCGGGCUGGCAGUGAACAGGCCCACCUAUGGGGCUAACGGCAGUGGGGGCCGUGGGGGCAGCAGCGCCGGCGCCAGCGGCAAUGCUCCGGGUUGUACAGCACCCAGCAGCUCACACGCACCUAGGCUAGACACAGCAGCUGCUCUGCUUGGUGGCGGCGUGCCUGAUACCGACAGCCUAGCGCCACCGGCUGCAGUACCCGGUCGUGACCGCAACCUUGGAAGCGAGGGCGCGGGUGUGCUGGGCUCGGUUGAUGGGCCGGCUCGCGCGGGAAUGCAGCUGCGGGGCCGCCGCCGCCUGCGCUCUGAGCGGUCAAGAGCCUCUGGAGACCAGGGUGCGGCGGCGGCAGCAGCCAGCAUCUCUGGUAAUGGCGCUCAUGUGACCUUGACGUCGGGUCACGUUGCGGGUGCAUGCACAACUGUUGGAGUAGGAACGUUGACAGCAGCAGACUCAUCGGCAGGACUGGCAGCGGCACCGAUGCCAACCGGGUCUCGGCAGCUGGCUGCGGAGCCCCGGACAGCCGCGGAGUGGUGCGAGCAGGUGAUGGAGCUGGCGGCGGAGCAGCAGCGGCUGCUGGCGAGUGGGGAGCAACGGCAGCUGCGCAGCUUGCGGCCGCAGGAGGAGUGGCUGGCAGCGUUCAUGCGGGGUUCACUGCUGCAUGACGCCGCGGCUCCACCAAGCCGCAGCGGCAGCACAGCUUCCACACGGCCCAGUGCCACUUCAGCCGGCACUGCUGCGAGCACGAGCAGCUCUCCGGAGCCCUCCACGGGUGCCGGGCCAAUGCCGCUGCGGCUCCUGGUAGGGGCCAUGUCUGCGGUCGACGUAUUAUAUCCACGCGGCGAGUGGCACCAGCUGGAUCUGGGGCGCGGAUCGAUGCCGGCGGGGCAAGUGCACACGGCGGCCUCCACUGCGGCGGCAGGGCAGGUGCAUCAGCAGGAGCAGCAGCAGCGCAGGCGGGCACAUGGCCAUGGGCAGCAGCGGGACCAGCCGGCGGAGCCGCUGGGGAGUGCGCAAGGCCCACAACCUCUGCAGGCGCAGUGGCUGCAGGCGUGGUGGCGGGCCACGGCGGAGGCGGUGCGGCACGCGCGGUCAGGGAUUGGGCCAGCCGCGGCCCCUGCGGGGCGGCGCGUGGUUGCAGCGUCGAUGCCGGAGGCGGAGGCAGCUCGGGACCUGGAGCUCCUGCAGCUUUUGCAGCACGUGAGUUCAAGUCAGCCUGCGCUGCGAGCGCAGACCGCGGCCGAGGGUGCGGACGGCGGAUGGCUGGGCGGCUCCUGGCGUAGCGGCAGGGCUCUACGCCGGCAGGCGAGGGUGACAAGUCCGAGGGAGGGUGAGGAGGCGGUUCAGGGGGGUAACAAUGACAGCGACUCAGCGGCGGUGGCGGUGGCGGCUGCAGCGGGCUGGAGGGCGCAGCCGCCGUCGUGGUGGAGGGCGGCGGUGGCAGAGGCUGUGGAGUCGCGCCUGGUGGCCAGCGCUCGCAGCAGUCGGAGGAGUGCAGGCGCUGGGAGUGGAAGGGGGAGCGGCGGUGGCGCGAUGCAGCAAGGAGCUCGCGGCGAGACGCAGGCAGAAACGGCGGGAGCCCCAGUGGCGCAUGUGACGCCCACGCCGGCGCCGCUCGAGGCCCGCGUCGCGCUGCUGCAUGCGUAUGCGGUGGCGGGGCUGUGGUCGCGGCAGCGGGCCCGCCCGGCACAGGGCCAGGGACAGCCACGGCCGCGUACCAACCCCGCUAGUGCGGUUUUGCAGGUGGUGCUAGCUGAGUGGGAGGCGCAACAGGACCUGCCGGUUCCGGGGAGGCGGUCCCCGCUGUCCAUUGCGGGCCUGGCGGCGCUGCUGCGAACACAGCAGCUGCUGGGCGCCCCAAUGCCACCAGCAGCCGCAGCGGCCGCCGUACAGAUGCUGGAUAUGCUUACGAGCCAGUUGCAGCCUGUGCCGCUGACGGUGCUUUCUGACAUCCUGGCUGGUGUGUCGACCUGCCCGGGCGCGCUGCCGCCACCCGCGGCGGCGACCCUUGCGGCUGUCGCGGAGCGCAGCCUGCUUGCGGCUCGGCAGAGCGGGGCCGGAGCAGGAUCAGAGCAGCGGCGGCAGGACGGCCCAGCGCUGCUGGAGGUAGUGAAGUCGUUAUCACGGCUUUGGGCGCGCCAACAGCAGCAACUGCAAAGGCAACAGGGGCCGCGGCCGGUGGGGCGGCGCGGCGCGCCCGGGCAAGCCGAGGCUGCAAAUCCCUACGAGGCCGCGCUCGACGCGUGUCUUCCACAACUGCGGCGGUGGCUGGACAGCUGCUCUGCUGCUGAGCUGCUGGUGGCGUCGCGGUCUCUCAUCACCGCACUGCGCAUGCGCCCAGCAGCUGUGCGGCCCGGCGCCGCAGAUGGUACCGCAGACGGCGCGGAAAAUGCCGACGCGGGUGGCGAUGCCGACGAAUGCGAGGAGGGGGAUGACCACGAGCAGGGUGAGGGCGACGCUCCACUGCUCUCACGCAGCACCUGGCUGGGCGCGAGCCUGGGGCCUGCGGGCGCCCGUCAGCGGCACGGCGCAGCGCCACCGGCGCAGCCGGCGCCGGCCGUGUCAGCGGCAUGGGCGGCCUUCGAAGCGGCUUCUGCCCCGCUGCUGGAUGGGGUGUUGCCUGGCGGGGUGUUGCUGCAGCUGGCGGUGGACGUCAGCUUCGUACAGCCCAAGAGCGCGGUGUCGCCGAUGUACAAGACUCAGCUUUUGCGCGCCCUGACGUCGGCAAUGGAGCAGUCUGCACGCCGGCUGGCUGGCAUGCGGGGUCCGUCGCCGGGCGAAGGCGGGCUCGGGGCCAGCGGGGAGGGGCGGCGCGGAGUGCGCCACUCCGGCCCCCAGCGCCCGGAGCAGCCAGGAGAGGGGACCAGUGGCAAUGACGGAAGCUUACACGGCGGCGCGAGCGGCAGGGCACAGACCGCUUACACGCGCCCUCCGCCGCCACGGCCGGUGCCAGCGACCGGCUCGCCAGGGGUAUCCAGGGCGGCUGCCGUCGUCAACUCAGUGGCUCGGGACCUGGGCAGCUCGGUCUCAGCACUCGCCGGUCCUGCCGUGCAGCUGCUGAGUCCAGACCAGGUGUCGCACGCGGCGGCGGCGGCGGCCCGGCUGCUGUCCCAGGACCGCUUCGUGUCGGCUGCGGUGGCCCGGCGGAUGCAGGCGGCAGUGCUGGUGGCGGCCCAGGCGAUGCGGCCGCGGGAGCUGGGCGUGGCGCUUGCGGCGCUGGGCGAGCUGCAGCUGACGGGUCUGACGCCGACGGGCUCGGAGCUGCUGCUCAAGGUGCUGGCGGCGCGGCUGUCCGACUUGCCGCCCGCCUCGCUGCCGCUGCUGCUGUGGAGCUUGGUGCGCAUGCGGCUGCGGCCGCCGUCGCAGUGGCUGGCCGAGUACAGCCGCAUGGUGCAGCAGCACGUGGCGUCGUACGACAUGCGGCAGGUGGCGCAACUGGUCUGGUCGUACGGGCAGCUUGUGCCCAAGGCGCCGUACUCCAAAAUGUACUUCCGGCCGCCCCGCAGCCUGGUGCGGGCGCUGCUCAGGUGCUGCCUUGCAUCCUUCGGCGGCCUCGAGAGCCGGGCGCUCAGGUUGCGCCGCGGCCAGGUGCGUUCACCGCCGCAGCCGUCUCAGCACACACCGCAGGGCCAGGCGCAGCGGCGGCCGAUGGAAUCAUCACCGCGGCCAACCGCCGCGCACUACGCGGAGAUGAGGCCGGCGGAUUGCGCGCUGGUGGUGGCGGGGCUGGCGGGACUGGAGGCGCGGCCGGACAGCCGCUGGUUGCGGGGCCUGUACCGCUGGUCAGGUCCUCUGCUGGCCUCGUUCCGGGCUCCGGACCUGGGUCUGCUACUGUACGGUCUUGCGCGACUGGAGGCGGCGCCGCUGCCGGCCUGGGUGCGCAGGGCUGCUCGCUGCGCUGAGCUCCAACUGUUCCACGCCACGGGACUGGACACCGCGUACAUGGCCUACGGGCUUGCGCGGCUAAGGCCGGAGCUAGUCUCGACGCGCCUCCUGACGGCCCUCGAGGUCUUUGUGCCGCUGCAGCUGCAGAACGGUGCACAAGAGGCUCUGCGAGUGGGAGGCGUGCAGGCCCAGCAGGAAGUGGAGGCUGCCUGGGCGGACUUCUUACGCAGCGCACACAGGGAGCUGCGAGAGGCGGUCGCGUCUGCCACGCCGCAGCGCGGUGGUAUCUUGCGGCAAAUCAAGCCAGGAACGGUGCAAGGUGGCCAGCGUGCAGGCGGUGGGGUACACGCUGGCGGCAAUGGCCUGCCAGCUGCAGAUUCCGUGCAGGGCACCGGCACGCAACAGGGCCGGCCUGGGGGUGGUGGUAUGAGGCUGUGCCGGGUCGACACGGGGAAAUCGUUUCGACUGAUGUGGCCCUGGCGCCGGCAGUAGAUGCGGUGCGGCGAUCGUGGUUGGUUUCAACUUUCAAGCCCACGGGGCGCCGCCCUGUCCCAUGCAACAAGCCCAAAGCAGGCCGCAGGGGCACUGGGGCAAGGGGCAAGGGCAGGGAAGCAGCGGCAAGGGACCAAAGGCGGUUGUCCGGUUGCGCGGCUGCAGGAUUACGAGGCUUGUCAAUUGCCUUCACAGAUACCGGUAGCUGUAGAAGUAACUGAACCCGGUGGGGCCUUUCCUCCCUGCUCAUUUGAAAGCGGUGUGGUCGUGUGGAUAUCCCGCCUUAGAGCCUUGCAUCCAAGAGUAUCUGGGAGAGUUCGAGACUGGGGGUGCUACUGUACGCGAAGGGUACAGCCAUCGGUCCGUGCUUCCUCCCAGCCCGUUGCCUCGCUCCCUUUCCACGACACUGCAGGGAGGCAUUAAGCACCACCACACGCU